AGACUAAAGUUAGGACUGGAAUAAGAUUGCACUUAGGAGCGUUUCAAGAAACUCUCCUAAGUCUUGUACUUAGGAAUAGUCCUAAGUUUUUACUUAAGACAAAAUCUUCCCAAUGAAGUUAAAAAACCCAACCGCUCGUGCCUGCCGCUCGUGCCUUAUCCCGCGAUAAGUCAUCGUCGUCUGCUAUCAAGUAUGUCCGACAGCGCUCUCGCCACCAGGAAGGCAAAUUGGACUGACGGAGAGCUGCUUUCACUUGUGGAAGCAGCUCAGUCCGUGAUUGAAAUAAUAAACGGGAAAUUUAGUUUGUUUCUAACACACGAUAAGAGAAAAAAAGUGUUGGGAGUCGGUCACAGAGCGGUAUGUAUCGAACAAUUUUUUUUGCAGUCUCUUUUCCAUUUUUCCGUUUAAAAAUAAUCGUUUUGCUUUUCUUCACCGAAGGGAGAUAACGUAUAAUUAACAGGAAAUAGAAUUAAUUAUGACGCAUCAAUAGCUUAGAUGGUCUUCUUUAUUUAUUACCAAUUCAACGUCAGAUUGUGAAGGAUCAAAGGGACUACAUUAGGAAUGUGAAUGCAGUAUCAAUAAGAGAUAAGAGGACAGUUGAGGAAGUAAAAAAAAAUGGCAAUGGGCUGUUAUGACAGUCAAGAAAAUGGAAGCCGCCCGGCUCAAUUCAAGUUCUUUGACUGGUGGUGGAUUUGGGCCGGCAGAUCUUAAAGAAUGGCAGAAGAUUGUACUGACUACCAUACCAAGGACAGGCUUAGUUGGGAUUAGUGGGGGCUGUGACACUGGCGUAGGAGAGAAACAAGUGGAAGAUCAUGUUACAUUGCCAGAACGGGAGGCUCCAACCUGUUUACACUUGGAUGAAGUUAACGUUACCGUAGAAGAAGGCAGAGAGGAAGAAGUUGCCAGUAAUACCACAGUUAAAGAUACAUUGGUUGGGGACCAGGUUACUGCAAGAAGCUCUUCCUCCAAAGAAAAAACCAUGAGCAGGGAGAAGAGACGGGGUAUUUGCAGCAGUAAGUAUUUAUCUGUCUCAUGUAUUGUAAUUAAAUUAUCUUCUAUUCUCUAAUAAUCUAUCGCAGUUAUAUAAAUUUGAAUGUAUAAUUAUUGCAUUCUUUAAAUCAACCAGUAUCAGAAAAGGUAAUGCAUGCAAAGUUAAAAUCUAAGCAAAAUAGUAUUAGCUCAUUACAUUUUUUUGUAACAGGAAACAAUCAGUGAUAUCAUGACUCUACCAUGUAUGUAGUACAAUAAAUGCUCAUUUGCAUUCUUCUGUGCAAGAAGUCACACUCAUUGCCAUUAUUGUUAUGAACUGUUAUUUAUUAGACAGACACUCAUUUUAUUUAGCAAUAAAAUAAGUGUUUAGGAUAAAUUACUUCCUAUUGGAAACAUGUGAUUUUAAAUCUUUUCUCUUUUAAAUGAGAAACAUGAUGAAUUUAGUCUAAUAUGACGUAUCUUAGACUGUAGACAUCUUGCCUAAAGUCAUACAGGGCUGUUCAGUUUAGCAGUUUAAUGGUUAAA